AUGGCCAGCGGAUUCGUCAGCACGAGUGAGAUAGAAAAAGAACGCGAUGAGCGACAGCAGGAGUGGGAACGUGUUCGCAAGCCAGACGACCCAAUAAGUUUUCUAAUUUUCUUUCUGUCAUUUUUGAAGUUUUACUUCAGCGGCUCCGGAACCUGAAGUUUGCAACAAAACUCUGUUUGAGCAGCUUCGAGAUAUCAAAGAAGCUAAAAGCGCCGAGCUUGAGGAAGCGAAAAAAUUCAGUUAAACUAUUCUUUGGUUCAUAAUUAAUCCCUUUUUUUCUCAGAAAACUUGAUUCGUGGCGUAGAUGAAGAUGAGAGCGAUUUCUUGGCUCAUGUUAAUGAGAUCAAACAUAAAACUACAGCGCAAAUCAAGAAGGUUGUUUGAAAUCCUCUAUUUUGAGAGAAACGCUGACAUUUUAUUAAUUGAAGGAGGAGGAGGCGAUGUUGAAAGAGUUGGCUCUGGCUCAAUCGAAAAUACAAACCGCUCAACCAACAACUUCGUUGAAAGUGAAACCUGCAGCCUCAACGGCUCCUCCGAAGUCGAAACAGGCUUCGAUUCUUUCGGCGGCUAUCAAACGAAAGUCGUGAGUAAAUAAUUUUUUUUUUUGUUGUAUAACCCUCUUAAAUCUCCGACUAUCCACUUAGGUCACUUAUGAUCAUUUUUUGAUCGAAAACAAAACGAUACUUUAGGGAAUUUUCGGUGGUAUGAAAAAAAGACCAGCAAAAAUUCAAACGGCGACUUUUCCGAUUUUUUCAUAUCGCUAGAAAACUUUCCGACGGCCACCUUUCUGCCGAUUUUUUUCGGCUUUUUUUUCCAUAAGCUCUUUGUUUUAAAUCUUCCUAUAUAAAGUAGGUAAGUUAUUCAUGAUUAAGACACAACGAAUUAGUAAAAAAAAAUGUUAAUAGAUGUUUUAUAAACCGAAAAACGUAAGGGAAAAAAGUCGGAAAGGGAUUCGGCGGAAAGGUGGCCGUCGAAAAAGCUCCCCAGCGAUACGAAAAAAUCGGAAAAGUCGCCUUUUAAAUUUUCGCUGGCUUUUUUUUUCAAACCAUCGAAUUUUCUGAGAUUUUCAACUAUUCAACUUAAGCAAAAUAAAAACCGUCAACCAUAUUUUGAAAUGCAUUUUUCUUUUUUAAUGGGACAGGCACGUUCUUUUAAAAGAAAGAUUGAAGAAAUUCUUCAAGUAGAAACUUAAAAUGCAAUUUCAUUAUAUUUUCAGAUCAGCAAACGACGAAGUCGUGGCCAAAUCUUCAAAAACGGAAGAGUCACCAAAAGCUGAGCCAACGAUCAAAGUUGUAGCCGGCAUCCCCGGCAUAAUCGAUUAUGCGGCUUCCAGGUUUUUAUUUCAUUUUAUCAGAAUUAGAUUCACCGAAUUUCGAGGAUAUUAUACCUUGAACAAGUUCUUGAUCAUACUAGGAAAAACGUUUGGAGAAGAUGAAAGCGUGAAAAACAUAUAGUCGAUUCAAGCUGACUUGAAAUUCGUUGGUAUAGUGAGAAAAGAACGCGUUCAAAUCGCAGCACGACCGCGACGCUUUGAGUCAUUCCAAAUGUGACCCGAUGACUUUUAGUAGACGUUAAUUCUACAAAAAAAAUUGGGUAAAAAUGUGAAUGAACCUUCAAGAAACUGCGAAAAAUUCAGAAGAUCCAAUCUUCGUUUAUCGAUUUAUUUAACUUCCACCAAAGAUAACUGCCUAGUCCGUCGUUAGAGAAAGCGAGGUCGGCCGCGGUACAAUGAAAACCUCGAAAAUGAACCGCUUUGUCAACGCGCCACAUUUCUUGACCUUACCUCACACCUCACUCUUCCUUUUCCACGCACUCAAAAAAUAAAUUUGAGAAUAUCUGAAAUAUGAGGUCGUCCUAUGAAAGAUCGCGCCAAGGAAAAUGCGAAACCGGCGUGACUAAAAAGCAGCACUUUUACGAGGUCGUUCAUGUUCCGCCAGAGACCUCGUUUUCAUCUCGGCAGGGAUUCUGAGUAGGUACAAGCACAAGGAAUAUUGAAAAUUUUCUAUUUGAGUCCUCAAUUUUUCUAAUUUGAGCGACAGCGAGUCUUCAAACUCCUCGGACGAGGACUGCUCUCCCGUCCCGAUGCUCCAACUGCAACCGAGGACAAAACCGUCGUGUGAUGGAGGCGGCUCGUGA